CCUUAUAACUGAUUAAAGUUAGUAGCAGUAAUAUAGAAUUUUGUAUUUUAUUUUUUUAAUAUCCUGACUGGUAUAAGGAUUGAAUUACUGCAUGUUGAGCAUGGAGUUGGCAUCAACCGAUUUCACAAAUACUGAAGAUCGUCUAAUUCAAAUUCUGACACAUAUUAAACAGUACAAUGAAAAUGUCAAAGACCUGCUGGAAGGAUCUCAUCUUAAAAAUAAUGAAGACUUGGAAAAGUGUAUAUUCUCAUUAAUUUUGUUAAUUCAUGACCUCAGCAAGACCUUCUGCGACAAGAUAAGUAGAACGACAGAGAGUUUACAGUCCACAUUUCAUCUUUUAAAAGGAAUUCAGAAUAAAUUCAAGGACUUUGGUUCGAAUAAUGAAGACACACACUACCUUACCUCCAUCAGUCAAAUACUGAGUGAUACAGCACAACACCUAAAACUAGCAGAAGAACAACUGAACAUGGUCAGCACUCAAUACAGUACAAACCAAACAGAAAAGUCAAAUGUUACCAGGUAUGAAACUAAAGAGGAUUUUGUUGAUGGAAGCACAGUGGGCAAGGCAAUCACUGAUACCAGCCAGUAUCAUAAAGCCUCAGAAAAGAUUAAUUUGGAAGAAGCUGGUAAAUGUAAUGAACAAUGCGAUGAAGGUGUCAGCGCGGUAACAGUAAUGAAUGUCUCACCUUUUAUUAAGACACAUUCUAUUUCUCCUGAAGAUGAAUACCAUCAAGAUCUAAACUUUAUAGGAAAUACAGAUAUCAUUUCAGGAAACGAAGAACAUUUACAACCAUUGACAGAACAAAUUGUGAAUGAUAAGCAACAGCUAAAUAACAUAAAGCAACAAAAUGACUCUGACUCUGCUGACUCCGAUAAAGAAAAUAGAAUCGAGUUGCAUGUUAAUAGUACAGAGCCAAAUCUCUCAAAACAGCCUAUGAUUGAAUCAAAACACUGGACUUAUAAACAAUAUAUGUUGAAAUCAGAUUACGACAAAGAACAGAGAUUGGCCUGUUUUAUCAAAGCACCCCCACUCAUUUUGGAACAAAUAGAAUGUAGACUUAUGGAUGACAUCAGUUCUCUAGUGGUGUCUGAUUCCGAAGAGUUGGUCAGCAGCGUGCUAGGUAUUUGGAGUAAAGAUGCCAAUCUUAAAAUUCCAUUUCCAUUAAGUGUUUCGAUUCCAUUUAACUCUCGUUAUAGAGGAAAUUACAAAGAUGUGAUGGUUAAAGCAAAUGAUGAAAAUCUCCAAGCGAGUUACUUAACACCAAAUUUAUUAGAUGGCUACCACGGUAACCAUAAGCAGGGGAGUUUUGCAGAGGUGAAAGUUUACAAACUUGGCAUAUUUGCAGUGGUUUCAUGUUUGCGUAAGGAGAAUUUUACUGUUUUCAGAAAAGGAUUAUCCAUAAAGCUGAGUAUGGAUUCGAGAAUUUCUUUGAACUAUCCCUCAGGAUGCUUCAACACUUCAGUUAUUGUGCAAUUCAAGGUUCAGCCAAUUGAUACAUCAUUAAUUUCUCAACUGAAAGUAAAACAUGAUAUAUACCACUCUGUGGUGUCUAGCAGUCCUUUGGUCCACGUGAAGCAACCAUCAUUCCAGGCUUUCCACAAGCCUGUCACAGUAAUUCUCCCAUGUCCUCCUAACCCAGAGAAAAAGAAGCAAGGAGAGGAUAUAGAAAACAAACGGGCAUCAACAGCUACAGUGCCAAGAGUCACGUCUUCACACCAAAUACGAGCUGUCAGUGCCUCUGUAAAGAAGCAUGGGGAUAAUCCAACUGAACUGCUAAAAUUGCUUGCUUUCAAAGAAGACCAGUGGGCUGUUUUGGAUGAUGUUGUUGUGAAAAAUGUACAGAAUGGAAUAGUCUCAUUUGAAGUGUCAGAACAUUUACAAAGUUUCAUUGUGAUUCGUCUUUCCUCAGCUAUGGACAAUGCCCAUUUGCUUUCAUUUAUUCAGAAUUUACAAGAUGUUACCUAUAGCUCCAUGGUAAAUGUAAUUUUGUACAGAAAAAAAGAUAAUCCUCAGAAAGCUGUUUUUCAAGUGGUCUCAUCAAAGGAGCUAAAUUGGGAGGUUCUUAACUUGCGUGAAGCAGGAUAUAUAGGACCUCCUGAACCUUCUGAGCAAAUACCACUUCAAGAAGGAGAGCAGAUUUAUCUACGUUUUUGUGGCAACAUAGCAGCAUCAGAUGGAAAAACUAUGGCCAAUACCUUCAAACUUACAUUUCAUUGUCAAAGAAAACAACAAUUACCUCUCAAUCUUUCUGUUGUUGAUGAAUUUGGCAAUCAUAGCUCACAGCACUAUAAAGGUACUGUAGCUAUCUACAAGCUAUCCAAAGAGGACAUCAUUGAAAGUUACAAGAGUAGUGUAACAAGCGAUGUAUUAUUACAACAGCGUACUCCAGUUUCCAAAUUAGCAUUAACCCUGCCAAAGAUGGAAAAAAAUGUAAUUCGCCCCUCAAGUACAAAAUUAAGUUCAAGUGAUCCCACAGAUGUUCAGUGGGACAAUUUGCUGCACUGGCUGGCACAGGAGCUCACAGAAGAAGAUGCAUCAUUGCUAGUUCUGUCCCUUCCUAUUCGGCGCAGCACCAUUCAACUUGUGAAACUCAAAAGUCCGGAUAACCUGACUGAACAGAUCUAUGAACUCCUCACAUUUUGGAAAAAGAGCCUUCCAACAUCAGCGGACAAGUUACGACUCUUAGCGCGUCAUCUGCGCAAAAGUGGUCGAAGCAACCUAGUAGAAGCUCUCCAAACAAAAUGGGAAACAAAUACAUUCUACCAAAAGCCAUUAUAAAACCCAGCUUACUAUGUUCUGAUAUUCACACUGAAACUCCACUAUCUUUAUUGCUUUU